UGGCCAGCCUUGCCUAACAGCCAAGAUGGCUGCUACAAUGUUGAGGUCGCUUUCCAAAAUAGGACGUCCUUCAACAAAAUUAAUAUUAAAUAAUCAUUUACUGGGCCCUGGAUGCACUGUCCUGCAACACAGGCAGAAGCAAUGGCAGCCAGAUGUGGAGUGGACAGAGCAGUUUGCUGGGGCAGUGAUGUACCCCACUGCUGUCAAUGAGAAAUGGAGCCCACCCCCAUGGAAUGACAAAGAUGCUCCCGCAGAGAAGGAUGUGUCCAACCUGACCAUCAACUUCGGUCCCCAGCACCCUGCUGCUCACGGAGUGCUGCGUCUUGUGAUGGAGCUCAGUGGAGAGUCUGUCAAGAAAUGCGACCCCCACAUCGGCCUGCUUCACCGUGGCACGGAGAAACUCAUCGAGUACAAGACCUACUUGCAGGCCCUUCCCUACUUUGACCGUCUUGACUAUGUGUCAAUGAUGUGCAAUGAGCAGGCCUACUCUCUGGCUGUGGAGAAGCUGCUUAACAUCAAGGCUCCGCCCCGUGCAGAAUGGAUCAGAGUGUUGUACGGAGAGUUGACUCGCAUCCUCAACCACAUCAUGGCCAUCACCACGCACGCGCUCGACAUCGGCGCCAUGACACCCUUCUUCUGGAUGUUCGAGGAGAGAGAGAAGAUGUUUGAGUUUUAUGAGCGAGUGUCUGGAGCCAGAAUGCACGCUGCAUACGUCAGACCUGGAGGUGUUCAUCAGGAUAUGCCCCUUGGCCUGAUGGACGACAUCUACGAGUGGUGCAAGAACUUCUCCAUCAGAAUCGAUGAAGUGGAAGAGAUGUUGACCAAUAAUCGUAUCUGGAAGAAUCGUACCGUGGACAUUGGGAUCGUUACCGCAGAGGAGGCUCUCAACUACGGAUUCAGCGGAGUGAUGUUGAGAGGAUCUGGCAUCAAGUGGGACCUGAGGAAGUCUCAGCCAUAUGACAAGUAUGACGAGGUGGACUUUGACAUCCCGAUUGGAAGCAAUGGAGACUGCUAUGACAGGUAUCUCUGCAGAGUAGAGGAGAUGAGGCAGUCCUUAAGGAUCAUGCACCAGGCCCUCAACAUGAUGCCAGAAGGAGAGAUUAAGGUGGACGACGCCAAGGUGGCUCCACCCAAGAGGUCUGAGAUGAAGAUGUCCAUGGAGUCUCUGAUCCACCAUUUUAAACUGUACACAGAGGGCUACCAGGUCCCUCCAGGGGCCACAUACACAGCUGUGGAGGCACCCAAGGGAGAGUUCGGUGUUUAUUUGGUAUCAGACGGCUCCAGCAGACCCUAUCGCUGCAAGAUCAAAGCUCCCGGAUUCGCUCACUUGGCCGGUCUGGAUAAAAUGGCUAAAGGACACAUGCUCGCUGAUGUAGUGGCCAUUAUUGGCACACAGGACAUAGUGUUUGGCGAGGUUGACCGUUAAUGUGAUGCUGCUAAUGUGUCACUUCCCUCACGAGGAGAAUUUCAUUCACUCCUUCACACAUCUGUUAGUCAGGUCUUCUUCCUGUUCACUAUUUGCUGUAGUGAGGCUUUUGACAGACAGAAAAAACUCUUGCUUGUAAUCAUUGAUGUACAAUGCCCAAAUAAUCCUAAUAAAUAUUUUAUGACCCAACUAC